AUGGAACUCAUUCCUACCGUCAGCUGUGUUUCUCACGUCGUGGCUGACGAUCAGAACCAUGGCAUAGAAGGGGAUGUAACGAACAGUGAUAUGAUUGAUCACCAUGAGGAGGAGCUAUACGACAGGUCCCAGAUGCAAGACCACUCCCAGGAGCAUAAUAAGUUUCAAGUGAAUAUGAACAGGAAUGAGAAAGAAUAUUUUCCAACAAGGUCCUUCGUCUGGUCAUCCCCUGAUGAGGAUGGCCUGAACCGAAUUUUCAAACAAUUUCACUCUUGGGUCUCGGGCCGUUCUGGGCUUGAGGAUGACGAUCAGCUUCUUAGAAACCUAGCGCACACUCUGAGCGAGAAAAGGACACAUUUCUCAUGGCGUUCCUUUGCCAACGCCACCUCCUUGGCGGAACUCCUGGAGCGACUGACUGAGGGUCCCAAGUUUGUUCGUCAUGUACGGCCUAGCAAGAUUCCCAUUCUAGGGUUUAUCUUCACUGGGCAGGGGGCCGGAUGGGCUGGAAUGGGGAAGGAACUGCUCAGAUUCCCAGUUUUUUGUGACAGUUUUGAUGACGCCAAUUGCUAUCUGCGUAGCAUAGGUAACAAGUACGAUAUCAAGCGAGGACUAAGCCGUGAAUCUGCCUGGAAAGUUGCCUUUUUCCGUGGCAUUGUUGCAUCUACACUCGUCGAUUCAGGGGGCCGUAUGCUUGCCGUCGGCAUGGGCGAAGAAGCAUUACGGCCCCAUUUAGAGGGAAGGGACCCAACAAAUCUCACAGUUGCAGGCGACGGGCACAUGAUAGACUUCCUCUCCUUACGACUUGGGAGUGAAGGCGUAUUCGCACGCCAGCUAAAGGUCCAGGUCGCCUAUCAUUCUGCGCACAUGAGGCAAGUCGCCGACGAAUAUCGUCGGCUGAUGGGUGAGCUAUCUGUGGGAAGUGCAUUAUGGCCCAAUUCUUAUCCUGUCAUGGUGUCCUCCGUCACGGGGAGACCUAUCAAUCCUUGCUCCCUUUCGGAUGCCGACUACCGGGUGCGUAAUAUGAUAUCACCUGUACAGUUUGUCUCCGCCAUCGAACAUCUGAUCGACACCAUCAUCUCGAAAGGCAAAAGAAUAACCACGGUGGUGGGCGGAGAGCAUAACCCCUUGCUGAAUAUGGUUGAACUGGGUCCUCAUCCUGCGAUGCAAAGUGCAACCAAGGAAAUCGUGGAAGCAAAUUACGUCGUCGCAGGCCGAGUUUCACAUUACUGGGCGGUCUAA